CUGGGAGAGCUGGCCAGGCCCUCGGGGUGGCGGAGGCGGCGCAGGGCUGGCCCAGGGCCCUCUGCCUGCCUGGCGGUGGCAGAGCGACGCGCGGAGCUUCUCCGCUGGCCCUGUGGCCGCACAGCUCGGGCUCUGUGCUGCCGUCCUCCUGGAGCUGCUGCCGGGUGUGCCGCGCGGUGCCGUCUCCCGCCUCCCUCCAGCGGCCCUUCUGGGCAUGUCUCCUAAGGGCCUGGGUCGUGUGGAAACGGGCAGCUCUGGGCCGGAGCAGUGGUGGGCAUCUCAGGACUUGCCAAGAGCGUGGAGCCCUGUCCGGAACAAAGAGAACCACCUGCACUCAAGUUCCCUAUAUUUUUUGAGUGCCUACUAUGUGCCAGCCUGUGCUAGGAACUGGAAACACAGGUGGAAAACUCCGACAUGUUCCCUGCUCUCCUGGUGCUCAUCACUGCAUGAGAGUUAUGUCAUGCCCAGACCAGCAGGGAGCUCCAUGAGGAUUUAUAGAAGAUGCCCCAAGUCUCUGCGCCUUUGGUGCUGCUUCCUGUAUGGCUUGUGAUGGUGGCUUGCAGUCCCCACUCCCUGAGGAUUGCUGCUAUCUUGGAUGACCCCAUGGAGUGCAGCAGAGGGGAGCGGCUCUCCAUCACCCUGGCCAAGAACCGCAUCAACCGUGCUCCUGAGAGGCUGGGCAAGGCCAAGGUUGAAGUGGACAUCUUUGAGCUCUUAAGAGACAGCGAAUAUGAGACUGCAGAAACCAUGUGUCAAAUCCUCCCCAAGGGCGUGGUCGCUGUCCUGGGACCAGCCUCCAGCCCAGCCUCCAGUUCCAUCAUUAGCAACAUCUGUGGGGAAAAGGAGGUCCCUCAUUUCCAAGUGGCCCCAGAAGAGUUUAUCAAGUUCCAGUUCCAGAGAUUCACCACCCUGAACCUCCACCCCAGCAACACCGACAUCAGUGUGGCUGUAGCUGGGAUCCUGAACUUCUUCAACUGCACCACUGCCUGCCUCAUCUGUGCCAAAGCAGAAUGCCUUUUAAACCUGGAGAAGCUGCUCCGGCAAUUCCUUAUCUCCAAGGACGCACUCUCAGUCCGGAUGCUGGAUGAUACCAGGGACCCCACCCCACUCCUCAAAGAGAUCCGGGAUGACAAGACAGCCACCAUCAUCAUCCAUGCCAACGCCUCCAUGUCUCACACCAUUCUCCUGAAGGCGGCUGAGCUAGGGAUGGUGUCAGCCUAUUACACGUACAUCUUCACUAAUCUGGAGUUCUCACUCCAGAGAAUGGACAGCCUAGUGGAUGAUCGUGUCAACAUCCUGGGAUUUUCCAUUUUCAAUCAAUCACAUGCUUUCUUCCAAGAGUUUGCCCAGAGCCUCAACCAGUCCUGGCAGGAGAACUGUGACCAUGUGCCCUUCCCUGGGCCUGCGCUCUCCUCGGCCCUGCUCUUUGAUGCCCUCCAUGCUGUGGUGACCGCGGUGCAGGAGCUGAACCGGAGCCAGGAGAUUGGUGUGAAGCCCCUGUCCUGCGGCUCAGCCCAGAUCUGGCAGCACGGCACCAGCCUCAUGAACUACCUGCGCAUGGUAGAAUUGGAAGGUCUCACCGGCCACAUUGAAUUCAACAGCAAAGGCCAGAGGUCCAACUAUGCCUUGAAAAUCUUACAGUUUGCGAGGAAUGGUUUUCGACAGAUUGGCCAGUGGCAUGUGGCGGAUGGCCUCAGCAUGGACAGCCGCCUCUACACCUCCAACAUAUCCAACAGUCUCUUCAACACCACCCUGGUCGUCACCACCAUCCUGGAAAACCCAUAUUUGAUGCUGAAGGGGAACCAUCAGGAGAUGGAAGGCAAUGACCGCUACGAGGGCUUCUGCGUGGACAUGCUCAAGGAGCUGGCGGAGAUCCUCCGGUUCAACUACAAGAUCCACCUGGUUGGGGAUGGUGUGUAUGGUGUCCCUGAAGCCAAUGGCACCUGGACAGGAAUGGUUGGGGAGCUGAUCGCUAGGAAAGCAGAUCUGGCCGUGGCUGGCCUCACUAUUACUGCUGAACGGGAGAAGGUGAUUGAUUUCUCCAAGCCAUUCAUGACUCUGGGAAUUAGCAUUCUUUACCGAGUUCAUAUGGGGCGCAGACCCGGCUACUUCUCCUUCCUGGACCCCUUCUCCCCGGGCGUCUGGCUCUUCACGCUCCUCGCCUACCUGGCGGUCAGCUGCGUGCUCUUCCUGGUGGCCCGGUUGACCCCUUAUGAGUGGUACAGCCCCCACUCAUGUGCCCAGGGCCAGUGCAGCCUGCUGGUGAACCAGUACUCCCUUGGCAACAGCCUCUGGUUUCCGGUUGGAGGCUUCAUGCAGCAGGGCUCCACCAUCGCCCCUCGAGCCUUAUCUACUCGCUGUGUCAGUGGUGUCUGGUGGGCAUUCACGCUGAUCAUCAUAUCAUCCUACACGGCCAACCUGGCAGCCUUCCUGACUGUGCAGCGCAUGGAUGUGCCCAUUGAGUCAGUGGAUGACCUAGCUGACCAGACCACCAUUGAGUACGGCACAAUUCACGGAGGAUCCAGCAUGACCUUCUUCCAAAAUUCCCGCUAUCAGACCUACCAACGCAUGUGGAAUUACAUGUAUUCCAAGCAGCCAAGUGUGUUUGUAAAGAGCACGGAAGAGGGGAUCGCCAGGGUGUUGAAUUCCAACUAUGCUUUCCUUCUGGAGUCCACCAUGAAUGAGUACUAUCGGCAGCGAAACUGCAACCUCACUCAGAUUGGGGGCCUGCUGGACACCAAGGGCUAUGGGAUUGGCAUGCCAGUCGGUUCGGGGUUCCGGGACGAGUUCGACCUGGCCAUCCUCCAGCUGCAGGAGAACAACCGCCUGGAAAUCCUGAAGCGCAGGUGGUGGGAAGGGGGCAAGUGCCCCAAGGAGGAGGACCACAGAGCCAAAGGCCUAGGAAUGGAGAAUAUUGGUGGAAUCUUUGUGGUUCUAAUUUGUGGCUUAAUCGUGGCCAUUUUUAUGGCUAUGUUGGAGUUUUUAUGGACUCUCCGACACUCAGAAGCUACUGAGGUAAACCUCCAAGGGGUAUGACCUAUGUUUUGAAAGAAGGGGCAAAGCUCACAGGCUCGUGUACAGACAAAAGUAACUUCAGACGCAUCCUGUGAAAUCCCGUGGGACAGACCAAGGGCAGGAGAUCCUCAUCAAUGCUCCAUCCCUCACACAGCCACAGAAAGGCCAUUUAACGUCCAGUGUCAGAUUCUUCUAUGAAAUAGUCCAGGAAAUAAAUAUGGGACAGUUUUUAUGAACAACAAAGUCCUAUACAACUAUAUCCCAAGCUGUAUCAUUGCAAAGGAAAACAGGCAAAAGUACCAGCUUCCUAGUGGGAACCGUGGCCUUAUCCCUUCCCUCUUUACAAGUAAAGAUGCUCAGAUGGGAGCCCAAGAGUUACAUCUUCCUUCUCAGGGAUUUUGAAUAAGUUUAAUUCCCAAACCUGAUGUUUACAAACUAUACUAAUAUAAGUUUCACACAGAUGGAAAUGUCUGAGAAGAAAACUGUAUCCUAUCCCACCUCCGUGAACCUCAGAGAAGGGCCAGACACCCUUCCCUGCUAACUGUGCUCUUAGCCUCUAUCUCAAUCUCCCAGCCCCAACUCUGGAACUUCUGAAAUCUCCUUCACUAAGCGACACUGGAUAACAGCUCCUAACAGUACAUAAGUGUACAGUGCCCCCAUCCAUUUGUGGAGUCCAGCCUCUUAUAAGGCUUCGCUCUCGUACUGCCUUCAGCCCUCUGACUGUGCUCAGCCUCUUCCGUUUUCCAGCAAGACUGUAUGCCCACUCCUCACACCCCUUUGUUCCUUCGUGCACAGGGAGAGAUUGUAUCUCCCACCUCACCAAGAAGUCAGACAUGACCAGCCCCAAAUGAAAGCCCCUGCCUAAAAAUGUACCCGCUAAAGCCACCUGCCGCAGCAGAUGAUCCAGUUGUCCUUCCAUCUCGAUCUUAAUCCAUCUUUCCUCAGCUACUCCAGGAUUAUCUUUUCUCCCCGUCAAUUUUUAUCCCUGCUCUCUCCCCAAAAUCUAAAAAUAUGCUCAAGUUUAUUCUCUAUUUUAAAAAUACUAUCAAUGUUACUAUUGCUCUCGCCCUGUCUUCCCCUCUCCCACACCAAGGUGAUCCAACUGCUUCAGUCUCCACUUCCUGGCCUCCCAUUCAGCCCCUAAUCCAGGGCACUGUGGCUUUGAAAGGUCAUUGCUAAGAGGUCUGACCCCUCCCAAUGGACAAAACCAGAGAGAACCCUUUGGGCCCUGUUGAACCUCAAUGUGCCCCUUGACAAAGUGAACAGUUUUCCCCAGAAGUUCUCUCUUUACGUGCCUUGCCUGGCGCCAAGGUCUCUCGGUUUCUCUUCUACUUCUCUCCAUAGCGCUACCGGUUUUUCAGCUUUGUCCAUUCCUUAGAUGAAUUCUACUUACUUAUUACUUAUAGAAAGAAAGACCUAUAGGUCAGGUGUUCCUUUUCCUGUGAAACCUUCCCUAAUUCUCCUGCCUUCUUCCCUGGACCAGAAGAGUUGACCCUUCCUCAGCCUUCCCAGCAUCGCUGUAACCGAUGCACAGGGCACUCACACAGUGCGCUGCAGCUAGGACUUCUCUCUCUUUAUUUCCAUGAAAAGCACAGCUGGCAGUCAAUGAAUUCAUGUUGUUACAUUCUUGUCACAUGUAACAGAUUAGGCAGGUGGUAUUAUUUCACCUGUUAUAGUUAUUAUUAGAAGCACAGAGAAGUCAAGUACCUUGCCUAAGAGUCUCAGCUCUUUAGUAAUAACACUUUGUUUAGAGUCCAGGUCUCAAUUCUUGGCUCAGGCCAUAUUCUUUUAGGUGAUACUACUUCUCUGUAGUUGCUUAAGUAGAGGAUCUGUACACAUUUGGCUACUCCCCCCAAGAGCUUGCCCAUGCCCUGGACAUACCCUGAAAACUGCAGCAAGGAUUCCAGAUAGCGAAAGUGAAAGUGAAAAGUAAGAGCUACAUUAGCUAUUUGGCUACAGCAGAAAGCAGUCCGGUUAACAGACCUGGAAGACGGGGAAAAAGAACAUGAACAGGCAGGAGGCUUCUUCUGUGAUGGCCUGGAGACAUGUCCUUCUUUAUGCAUGCUGUUUGGAGUAGCGAAGUUUAGGUUCUAACUCUGGGUCAGCUAUUUAUUAGUCAAGUAAUUUUUAGCAAGAUAUAUAACUUCUGAGCCUCCAUUUCCACAUCUCUGAAGUGGGCAUAAUACUAGUAGCAGUGCAGGUUCAUGAUCCUUCAUCCACAAUUCUGAAACUUAAGAAGUAGGGAAAGUUCCAAGUUAUUUAUAAGUUUGUCAAACAAAUGCAUUUGGUGACAAGGCUUGACUUGAAUUGGUAUGAAACUAGUGUGUCUUUAUCUCAUUCGGUGUGAAGGUGCAUAGUUUGUUACAGAAAUAUCAAUGUGUUUGAAUAUAGAGUCUGCCCUAGACCCUCACUGGGUGUGGUACACAAUCGUAGGUGUAUUGUCUUACCUUCCUAGAAUCCAAAACAUUCUGAAACACAGCUGGGCCCAAGGGUUUCAUAUCAGGAGAUGGUGACCUGCAGGAGAAUGUUGCUCUGGUUUCUUUUUUCUAGUUAUUAGAAUGCAUCCUCUGCAGCUCUGUCUAACCAGUCGACCAAAGGAAAUGAGAACAGAAUGUUCCCGGAGACAUGGCAACUUUUUUAAAUACUUGAAAAACUGACAUGGAGUAGAAAGGUUAUUUAUUUGGUAGGCUUCUUGGUCCAAACUUAAGUGGUAUCAAUGGAAAUUUUCAGGGAGAGGAACUGUUAACUUAGUAGCCGAAGCCGCAUUUCACAGACAUGCAAAAGACGAAUAAACAAACCAGCAAAUCCUGGGGGCUCUUUCCCACCACAGGAAGGUCACUGUCUUUGAAG